AUGGUUCGACUGAGCAACCUCCUCGUGGCCUCCCUAGCCCUCUUCAACGAUGUCGUCAGCGCCAAAUCCGCCGUCCUUGACCUAAUACCCACCAAUUUCGACAAGGUCGUCCACUCCGGCAAGCCCGGUCUCGUCGAAUUCUUCGCCCCGUGGUGCGGUCACUGCCGAACCCUCGCCCCGGUCUAUGAACAGCUCGGGCAAGCGUUUGCCCACGCAAGCGAUAAAGUUCACAUCAGCAAAGUUGACGCGGACGCGCAUAAGAGUUUGGGCAAGAAACACAAGGUUCAGGGCUUCCCGACGUUGAAAUGGUUUGAUGGGAAGGGUGGUAACGGGGAAGAGUAUGAGGGUGGAAGGGACCUAGAGGCUUUGGCUAAGUUUAUAACGGAUAAGACGGGCGUGAAGGCGAAGGGGAUGAAGAAGGCUGCGGAGAGUGUGGUGACGAUGUUGACGGAUCAAUCGUUUGCUAAGGAAGUGGGAGGCGAUAGAGAUGUUUUCGUGGCCUUUACAGCUCCGUGGUGUGGUCACUGUAAAACCUUGGCUCCUAUCUGGGAAACCCUCACUGAAGACUUCAUUCGCGAACCUGGUGUUCUCAUUGCCAAAGUCGACGCCGAAGCUGAGCAAUCGAAAGCUACUGCCCGAGACCAAAAAGUUACCGGCUACCCAACCAUCAAGUUCUUUCCAAAGGGAUCCAAAGAGGGCGAAAUCUACAGUGGUGCCCGCUCUGAAGAAGCUUUCGUCAACUUCUUGAACGAGAAAUGCGGCACUAACCGUGCUGUCGGAGGAGGAUUGAACGCAAAGGGCGGCACGAUCGAAGCUCUCGAUGCAAUCGUUGCCAAAUACGUUUCCGGAGAAGCGCUUGAGAAGAUUAUCAAGGACAUCAAAGCCGCCGUCGGUGCUUUGAAACAGCAAUAUGCGCAAUACUACCUCAAAGUUGCUACCAAGCUUUCGCAGAACUCUGGGUACGCGGCCAAGGAGCUGGCAAGAUUGCAGAAAAUGAUCAGCAAGGGUAGCCUCGCGCCCGAGAAGUUAGACGAUUUGACUUCGAGAUCUAACGUCUUGAGGCAGUUCUUGGGCAAAGAAGCAAAGGGAACCAAGGAUGAGCUUUGA